UUCUAUUAAUGUUUACCACAAUGAAGUGAAAGAAAACAACACUUUUUAUGCCUACGCUUACGAUUUUCCUAAUUACAUUGGAUCUUUUGGUCCUUUAGAAGAUCAAUUUUUCUACAAAGCAACCGAAUUGGCAAGAUCAUUGGGAAUACCUAGAGUAUACUUGGUAGCAAAUUCUGGUGCAAGGAUUGGAUUGGCGGAAGAA